GCAUUGCUAAUGAGAGACUCAGCCAAAGGGUUGACUGUGAGUUCUAAAACCUCAGAUGCUGUGUGCAGAAAGCCAGGGCUUUUCUUUUAGUUGCUUUAUCCCAUAACUGUAUUUAUUUGUGUGUGAGCACACAGCAAAUACUCACACUUGUAAGAUGUCAUCAUAGUGAAGACCAAUAAUUUGGUUUCGGUUCAGGGAGAAGGACUCCACUGAAAUGAACACUGUGAGAAAACUCAAUUUAAUGGUACCUUGGAGUGCUUUCUCGUUUCCUAUACUGCUGUUUUCAUUACAAGGAUACAUUUGUGCAUCAUCUAUCCUGACAGAAACAUCAGAAAGUGAGUUUCAUGAAAAUGAACAGAAAAGAACUCUGUUAGCAGUACAGUUUGAAGCAACCUCUCCAAGAUACUUUUUCCAUGAAGCUAUUAACUGGGGCGAGAGUAAAAUAAAAGGUUCUUGUCCUCAUGAAUGCCUUAACGGGGCUUUCUGUUCUAAGACUGGUACGUGUGACUGUCAAAUAUUCCAAGCUCUCGGGACAAGGUGCCAGAUUGUCCCAAACAUGGGAAGUGGCAGAGAUGGGAUUUGCAAAACCUGGGGACAGUAUCACUUUGAAACAUUUGAUGGAAUCUACUAUUACUUCCCAGGAAGCUGUUCUUACAUAUUUGCAAAGGACUGUGGUAAUUUGGAGCCUCAGUACACAGUAUGGGUCCAUAACAGCCCAAAGUGCCUUGGUUCCGUGUAUUCUUGUUACCGUUCAAUCAGCUUGUUCUUUUCAAACCAAGAGGAAAUUAGAAUAUAUGGUCAUGAAAUAAAAAUGAAUGGAAUCAGUUUAUCUUUGCCUCAGACAGUUGGCCAGGUGCACAUCGAGAAGCUAGCUGACUACAUUCUGGUGAAGACCACCUUUGGCUUUUCGUUGGCUUGGGAUGGAAUAUCGGGAGUUUACCUCAAACUGUCUGAGGAGCACAGAGGGAGAUCAUGCGGCUUGUGUGCAAACUAUAAUGGCGUUCAGUCAGACGACUUUGUGAUUCAUCAAGAGGACUACACAGAAGACAUUGCUAUGUUUGCAAAUAGCUGGCUGGUGCAAACUCUAGAUGACCCUAAAUGUGUACCUACUCCCUCAGACUUUCCAAAUCCAUGUUCUAGUGGAAUGCCAGCAUUUGAGGCAAUCUUCUUCAAAUGCCAGAUAUUGCUGCAAUUCCCUUUUCUGAGCUGCCACGAAUACAUCGAUCCAUACUUAUAUAUUGCCAGCUGUGUUAAUGACCUGUGCAAAACUGAUGAUGAUGGAACUUACUGUCGAGCAGCCACUGAGUACGCUAGAGCCUGUUCGCACGCGGGCUUCCCCAUUCAAGACUGGAGGGACGACUUCCCAGCAUGCACUGAUAAAUGUGAUGACAGCUUUGUUCACCGGGAUUGUAUCAGUUGUUGCCCUCCGAGCUGCACGUUUGAGAAGCAGUGUCUUGGGAGCAAUCUUCACUGCCUUGACGGAUGCUACUGCGCUGAUGGCCUCAUAAUGGACAAUGGGACUUGCAUCUCCUUGGAAAGUUGCCCGUGUAGUUUCCAUGGGUUAGCUUAUUCAGUUGGUUCAAAAAUUGAGCAAGAGUGCACCGAGUGUGUUUGUGUUGGUGGAGUUUGGAACUGCACUGAGCAUGACUGUCCAGUCCAGUGCUCUGUUGUGGGUGAUUCUCACUUCACUACCUUUGAUGGGCGCCAUUAUUCUUUUAUUGGCUUGUGCCAGUACAUCCUGGUGAAAGGAACCGGAAAAGAUAAAUUCACGAUCACCUUACAGAAAGCUCACUGUGAACAGAACCUGGGUUUGGUCUGCCUUCAGUCAAUAACUCUAAUUCUGGAGGAUGAUUUUAACAAACAAGUGACCCUCAGUAGGGGAGGCCAAAUCCUCACCAGUCCCAACCAAGGCUUCACGCUGAACGGCAUUGUUGAAAUUCAGACUCUGUCAUCCCUAUUCAUUCUUCUAAGAACCACAUUUGGUUUAAAGAUCUUGUUUGCUGUUGAUGGAGAAAGAAUUUACAUUCAGCUCUCCAGUGCAUGGAAAAGAAGGACAUUAGGUCUGUGUGGCACCUUUAAUGGCAACAUCAGGGAUGAUUUUCUUUCUCCAUCAGGCAUGAUAGAAGGAACACCACAGCUUCAUGCCCACGCGUGGAGAGUUUCCUCCACUUGUUUCGCACCUGUCCAUGUCCCGAUGGUAGACCCCUGCAAUAUUAACCAACAGAACAUUGGGUAUGCAGCUCACUGUGACGUCAUCCACCAGGAGCUCUUUGCUCCCUGUCAUGUCUACGUGAGUCCAGGGCUGUACUAUCAGCUGUGCCGCCAUGAUGCAUGCAAGUGUGGGAGCUCCUGCCUGUGCAAUGCUCUUGCCCACUAUGCCUACCUGUGUGGCCAGCGUGGUGUGCCCAUUGAUUUCAGAGCUCAGAUCUCAUUCUGUGCCGUGGUGUGCCAGAAGGGCAUGCUGUACCACCACUGUUCUUCAUUCUGCCGGCGAUCCUGCACCUCUCUCUCCUCCCUCCAGCAGUGCAAUGACGAUUGUGCGGAAGGCUGUAACUGUCCUGAAGGCAAAUUCUAUGAGGACACACUUAACUUUUGUGUGCCCAUAUAUCACUGCCGGUGUCAUUAUAGAGGAAGCGUUUAUCAGCCUGGGGAGCUUAUUCCAACACCUUCAGGAUUAUGCCAGUGUUCGAAUGGGACUGUGAAAUGUGAUGAGCCAGCAACGCCCUCUACUGUCCCCAUGUGCCCAGAAGGGAAGGAGUAUUUUGACUGCAGGUUUCCUGACCCUGAAUUACCAGCUGGUGGUAUAAAUUGUGAGACCACGUGUGCAAACCUGGCCAUGAACUUCACCUGUGCUCCAUCCUCACCCUGCAUAAGUGGCUGUGUUUGUGCUUCGGGGAUGGCAGAACACAAAGGGAAAUGCUAUGUCCCUGAAAGCUGUCCCUGCAUCUGGAAAGACUGGGAAUAUGUCUCUGGGGAAGUCAUCUCUACACCGUGCUACACCUGUGUUUGUCGGCGAGGGAUGUUCAAUUGCACAUAUUAUCCAUGUCCUGCUGUAUGCACGGUGUAUGGGGACCGGCAUUAUUAUUCCUUUGAUGGGUUGGAAUAUGACUACAUCAGUGAUUGCCAGGUUUUUUUGAUAAAGAGUACAGAUGAUUCUGAUAUAUCUGUGAUUGCCCAGAACAAGAAAUGCUUUGACAAUGAUAUUGUUUGUUCUAAAAGUGUUUUGAUAUCCAUUGGGGACACUGAAAUCUACCUCAAUGAUGCUCCUUACAAACAGAAGCGAUCAGGUUUCUUCCUGGAAAGCAAACCUACAUACCAGCUGUGGAAGGCCAGGCACUACAUCGUAGUGUACUUUCCAGAGGAAGAUAUUACCAUUCUGUGGGACGAGAAGACAACCAUCCACAUCAAAGUUGGGCCGCAGUGGAAGAACAAGCUGGCAGGAUUGUGUGGAAACUUUGACAAAUGUACUUCAAAUGAUAUGACCACAUCUAAUAACCUGGAAGUGAGAAAUGCCCAGGUAUUUGGAGACAGUUGGGCCUUAGGUCAGUGUGAAGAUCCUAUUGAAGCCCUGAAGCCCUGUGAGGCACACCAAAACAAAUUUCCCUAUGCCAAGAAAGAAUGCUCCAUUUUGUACAGUGAUGUUUUUGCUCCGUGUCGCAAUGUGAUCGACGUUACUUCUUUUGCCAAAAACUGCCAUGAGGAUACGUGUAACUGCAACCUUGGAGGGGACUGUGAAUGUCUAUGUACCAGUGUGGCGGCAUAUGCCUACAAAUGCUGCCAGGAAGGGGUGCCCGUUCACUGGAGGUCACCCACUGUUUGUGCUCUUGAUUGUGAAUACUAUAAUGAAGGACUUGGCGAAGGACCAUAUAUGUUGGCAAGCUAUGGGCAGAGUGGCCUUGUUCUGGGUGCCAAUGUGACCAGUAGAAGUGUUUUCUCUUUACCAAGAAGUAGUGAUCGUGGUAAUUUAUUUUUUAUUUUUAUGAUCACUCCGGGCCUUUUCAAAGAGAAAACAUCCUCGUUGGCUCUUGUUUCCCUGGAAUCUGCUGAAAGGCCAAAUUACUUUCUCUACGUCCACGACAAUGACACUCUUGGCUUGUCGCUGUGGCGGGCAAACCCAGCAUUUCGUCAGAGAGCAACAUUUUUCCACCAUCAAGGGCUUUGGAUUCCUGGUUAUAGUGCAUUUGAAUUAUACAGCAAGAAAGGCUUCUUCAUCGUUUUCAUGGAUUCUAGUGUCAAAGCAUCGAAAUACGAUGAUUCGGAAGAAUUCAAGCAGUCAAGCAGCUUCAGCAUCGAAGAAAUCCAGGCGGUGGUGCCUUACAGGAGGAUGUGUGAGUGGAGAUAUCAACCGUGUGCUACUCCUUGUUUUAAAACAUGUAGUGACCCUGAAGCCCUAGCCUGUGCUUUCCUUCCACCGGUUGAAGGAUGCUUGCCCUACUGCCCCAAGCAUAUGAUCCUGGAUGAGGUGACCUUUAAAUGUGUUUAUCCAGAAGACUGCAUACCACUGAUUCCCACAGAACCAUCAUUAAUGCCAGCAGACAUGGCUACUCCAUCAGAUGUGACUCCAACCACAGGGUUCGAAUGUGAGCCUCAACAAUUUGAUCCUGUUUAUAACUGUAGCCAAUACAUCUGCCUUAACAUGGAAUGGACCUUUUACAACUGGUCUCUGAACUGCCCAAAGGAUGUGGAGAUGCCAGACUGUGGAUUCCGAGGAUGGCCUGUUCAAGUGAACAAUGACAUAUGCUGUCCUGAGUGGGAAUGUCCCUGCCGGUGCUCCAUGUUGUCAGAGCUGAGCAUUAUUACGUUUGAUGGAAACAGUGCUGCACUGUCCAGCAAGGCUUCUUACAUCUUAGUAAGAAUCCCCGGAGAAAUUGUAGUUGUUCACAUUGAAAAAUGUCCCAUAAAUCAGAAUGGAAAUGCCCUAAAAAAACCAGGUUCUUUUGGAAGAAUCUCAGGACUUUGUUUUAAGAAGCUAAAUGUGACAACAUCUAUACAUAAAAUACUCAUCAAUAGAGUAGCAAGAAAGGUAGAUGUGGAUUCUAUCGUUGUGCCUUUGCCCUUUUCAAGUCAAGAGCUGCUCAUAGAAGAUUCGGGGACAAUGUAUGUGAUUACUACUCCUGCUGGGUUAGUCAUAAAGUGGGCUCACCUUACAGGAAUCAUAGACAUUCACUUCGGCCCCCAGUUUAACUUGUCGUCCUAUACAGAAGGGCUCUGUGGUAUUUGCAAUGAUGAUCCAGAUGAUGACCUCAGGAUGCAGAACGGCACCAUUAUUACCAACAUGGAAGACAUAGAAUUAUUUAUUGGAAGCUGGGAAAUUGAGAAAUCAUUUCAAGUAACAAUGAGAAGACCUGCUAGGAACUGUACUGAACAUGAUUGCAGCUAUUGCAUUGAAUUAUUGAACAGAGAUGUUUUCAUUCCAUGCCAUGACAAAGUCUCACCAAGGGACUUUUGUGAAAAAAUGUGGAUCAAUUACACCUAUCUCUGGAUCUAUGAAUGCGAUGCCGUUUCUGCCUACGUAGCUCUGUGCAACAAAUUUGACAUCUGCGUUCAGUGGCGGACCCCUGAGUAUUGCCCUCUGAGCUGCCCAGAGGGGAAGGAAUAUCAGCCCUGUGUGAGACCAUGUGAAGCAAGGACAUGUCUCAAUAAAUGGUUCUAUGGACACACCUCAUGUCUGAAUUUGAGAGAAGACUGUGUGUGCAAGAAUGAAACCAUUCUUCACAGGCCAGAUAAAACUCUAUGCAUCCCCGAGCGAGAAUGUGUAUGUACUGACAGUGAAGAUCGACCCCGCAGUGCUGGGGAGAUUUGGAAUGGGGGUAUUGAUGAAUGUGCCCUCUACAAAUGUUUGGAGGAUGGGAGGAUUAUUCCUAUCGAGCCUGUCUGUGAAGAAGAGCCCUCCCCCAUUUGUGAACGAGAAGCUGAAGUUGUCCUGGGCUUUGUUGAUGAGCUGACCUGUUGUUCUAAAGAAGUUUGUGGCUGUGACAUGACGUUGUGUGACAUGACCAUUCCAGUAUGCACGAGUAGUCAGAAGUUGAUAGUUGGCUAUAGUGCUCUUUCUUGCUGUCCACAGUAUAAAUGCGAAUGUGAUACAUUGAAAUGCCCCAAUAUUUCAACACCAGAUUGCAGAGAAGACCAGUUUACACUUCAGGUUCGACAAGGAGAACCUUGCUGUUUCUACCCUUUCUGUGUUUGUGAGACAUGCACUGAACCAGCUCCACAGUGUACGCAUGGGGAAUUCCUCACAGUGGAUCUGAACACUACACAUUUAUGUUGUCCACAGUACUAUUGUGUUUGUGAGCCAAACCUCUGUCCUCCACCAUUAUUCGACUGUGCAAAAGAUAUGAAUCUGGUGAAGGAAAAUGUAUCUGGACAAUGUUGCCCAAAUUGGCAUUGUGAGUGCAACUGUGAAAAUCUUGUCAUGCCAACGUGUGAAGUGGGAGAAUUUCCCACAGUUGAUCAGAACUUUCAGAGUGACUGUGGAUGUGUACAGUAUCUUUGUGAAAAGGAUGAUGUGUGUGUGUUUCAAGAAGUAUCAGUAUUGAGUCCUGGACAAUCUCUGACAAAGUAUUUGGAAGGGGACUUUUGUUACACCAUAGAAUGUCUGGAAGAAAAAGAUAACAAUACAGGCUUUCAUACUUUGAAUGUUACAAUGGUGAAUUGUUCAAAAGACUGCGAUGUUCACCAGAUGUACAGUCCAUCCCCCAGUGAUUAUGAUUGCUGUGGAACCUGUAAAAACAUAUCUUGUAAAUUUCAGAUGGAAAAUGGAACAUCAGUUAUAUAUGAGGAAGGGAGCACCUGGCACUAUAACUGUACCACAUAUGAAUGUGUUAAGACUGAUGAGGGAGCAUUGAUUCUAAACUACAGCAUGGUCUGCCCUCCUUUUAAUGAGACCGAAUGCAAACUGAAUGAAGGAAUUAUAAAGCUUUAUAAUGAAGGCUGUUGCAAGAUCUGCAAACGAGAAGAAAGAGUAUGCCAGAAAGUGAUCAUUAAAUCCAUCAUAAAGAAACAGGACUGUGUAAGCCAGAGCUCUAUCAGUGUUGCAUCUUGUGAUGGAAAAUGCCCAUCAGCGACCAUAUAUAACAUCAAUGUCGAAAGUCACCUGAGGUUCUGCAAGUGCUGUCGUGAAAAUGGAGUGAGAAACGUCACUGUGCCUCUGCACUGCUCAGGAAAUGGCACAGAGGUUAUGUACACACUCCAGGAGCCUAUAGACUGCACAUGCCAGUGGAAUUAAGCUCUUGCCUUUGGAGAACUCUGUACAAUCGUGUCAUGUCAGGCAACAUUGGCUUAUCACUAUUAUUUAGGUACAUAACAGACUUACACUGUAUAAGAAUAUUGGUGUCAUUAACACUAUUGGAAUUUGACUACAUAAUAGCUGGUACAAACCGUGUAUUGUUUCGAUGGAAAAAUUCUAUUUGAAGUUUUAUUUCAGAGAAUAAAAUUAUUCCAAGUUGUUAAGUUGGAAUGCUGUUAUAUUUAUAAUUGCAUUGUGGGUUGAAUUUAAAUAUUCCUAUAAAGUAGAAGACUUUUGUUGUAGAAUUCCUUCUAUUUCAGCCCUUAGUUCUCUUUUUUUGUUUGGAUUUUCAGUCUGCCAUGGCUGUCUAUAUUGAGGCAGACUAUAAUUUCUACUGCAUACUCUGGCCAAUGUGAUCGGUUAUAAUUGGCUGAUAGAUAACUGUGGAGAGUUGUGUGCUUAGAAACAGAACAUAGAACCACAGGUUGUUAGCUUAGUGAACACUUCAACAAAUAUUAGGAAUGUCACUGCUAACCCUUCUCAUUUUUCAGGCGUGACAUUACAUAACAUUUUUGUGACUUCUACAAAUAUAAGUAGCAACAAUGUGGUUGAAUUUAUGUAAAAAAAGAAACUAGACUAUUUUCUAAGUUUUUUUGACUCUGGUUUCAUGCUCUUUUAUUGUAAAUGACACAGAAAGGUGACAAAAAAGUCACAGACUCUUCCAUUAUUAAGUAGUACUGGAUAAGAUUAAAAAGCUUAAGUCUAAUAUCCAUUUAGAAUGCCACACAUGCAAUAAUAAUUAUUUCAAUAAUAAGAAACAAGAAAAUAUCAUCAGUCACUAUAUAGAGGAAGACCUGGAGCUAUAUUUUUUAUACCAUUAAAAUUAUUAACUAUAUUGUUACUAUUUAACAUUUAGUUCCUUUAUUUAUCACUGGGGGCUGUUUCUAAAUGUAUCUGUACACUAUGAAACCUGAGAGUUCUUUUUUGCCAUUAAAGCUGCUGCUUUGUCAGUGAGGAGUGAUAUAAAAUUAUCUGAAUGUGUUCAUAAUGUUAGAACAGGAGGCUGCGAAUCAUUGACAUUUGCAAAUAAUCUGCUCUGAGAUCUUUGCAAACUCCCGAAUUCUUUCUGGUGGGGAGUAUAUAAUUAUUUGAAUUUCUUCCUUAGUGAAAAGAGAAUGCCUUAGUGUGAUUGUAAAUACCAAUGAAGUUCAAUGUCAAUAAAAGGACAUUAAAAUUGCAUUGAAAAGCUUAAUAAGCUAGGGUUAGUUUGAGCUAAGUGACUUGUUUUCAGACAUUAAUGUUUCCAUUGAAAAAUUAUGCUUCCAAGAAAUACUGUAAUUAUGAAGUGUUUGGAUCUCCAGGCUUGCUUAGAAAUGGGUAUUAUCUGGAAAAUCCCAACAUCUACUGUAUGUAAAAAAUGAUUUACCUUGUUUGUUUUAAUACCAGUAUUUUCUUUAGAUAUAGACAUUUCUGUAUCUGUGAUUAUUAGCAUAUAAAUUGAAUUAAAUGUUUUUGUUUAAAUAUAUUAAAGUUUUACAUAAAAAUGUCAUGUAUCUCAAGCAGAAGUAUGUACUAUAUGUCACCUAUCAUUUUCUUUUAAAUUCCACUCUCUAUUAUUAAAUAUUAACUGAUCUUGAAACCUAUUUGUGGGGAGAAAAGAAAUAUUCUUCUGGUAUUUUAUAAACAAGACAUAAAGUAAGUACACGUGGAAGUUC